AUCCGCCAAUGAACUUUCAUUAAUGGCUUCUUUGGAGCAACCUGUUGAAGAAAAUGACACGAGUUGUGUAGUUGCACAAGUGGAUGCAGUUAUUGAAACAACGGAAUCACAGAAGUUGUCGAUAUAUGAAGUUGAGAUUGAUUUUCUUGCAAAAAUUAAGAAAAUGUUAUUCACCUUUUGGAAAAAUGUUGUGGGAAUUAAAACACGUAAUGAAGAGAACGUAACACAAAAUCAUCGUGGAGAUCGCGCCGAACGAGUCAGGUUAUAUCACGCUUGGCCAGGAAACAAUGUAUUUUUUCUCAAAGGGUUACUGAUAUGUGGCCCAGAUCUAAGAGGUUUGCUCUUGACUAUUGUCUCUAUUAGUCUAUCAAGUUGGGUUUUUGCUAUUUAUGUUGCAAAGGAUAUAUCAAAACACUCCAGCAUCAUAGUCAGUUUCUGUGUGCUAUUGACCUUAAUUGUUCUUGCCAAUUUAACAAUGGUUAGUGUCAUUGAUCCUGGCAUUAUUCCGAGAAACAAUGAAUCACUAUCCACUGAGUCGACGAGAAAUGGCAGAAUUAGAAGCAAAAGAGUCAUCAUUAAUGAGGUGGCACUGAAAUUAAAAUACUGCCGAAUUUGUAACAUAUAUCGCCCGCCUAGGAGUUGCCAUUGCGUUAUUUGUGACAAUUGCGUUGAGAGAUUUGACCACCAUUGCCCUUGGAUUGGUCAAUGCAUUGGACUGAGGAAUUAUCGACUUUACGUAUUGCUAUUGGUUCUAGCAACUGCUUACUUCGUCUACAUAUUUGCCUUCUCAUGCCAAAAGAUUCAACGUAAGAAAUUAGGCAAUGGCAUGGGAAUGGGAUUGAUUGGUUUGGUAAAAGAUUGCCCUGAGACAUUGGCAUUGGCAUGUUUCAGUUUUGCUGCUGCAGUUUUUGUUGGUGGAUUGACUGGUUACCAUGCGUAUCUGAUUGCUACAAAUCAGGCAGCUUAUGAGAAUUUUAGGCAGUUGUACGGAAGCACUAGAAAUCCAUUUGACAAAGGAGUUGUGAAUAAUAUUAAGGAAGUUUUAUUUUCACCUUGGACGCCGUCAAGGGUCAAUUUUCGUUCGGAAAUAUAUAGGUUUGAUCAUUUGGAACAUGUCACAGAACCUUGAUAGGAUUUCUGACUUCGUUAAUCACUGGUUUAGGCUUAAUGUAGUUUAUCACUCACCAAAAUGAAGGUUUUGAGAAUGUAAACAAUUUUAUUUGGUUAUUAUUGUAAGUUAAGUUUGGCCAUUUUU